AUGAGCUGGGCAACUGCUAGGAAAAAGGCGGCUUCGGGUUGUGGCCCCAACCUGUCCGUGGUGAGUGGACGCUCUAUUGGGGAGCAGAGGCGACUCGCGCAUAGCAUGUCAAAGCAGGCCACGAUUAAACCGCUCGCGGCUGCUGCGACGACGACGACGGCUACCGCGGAUGCCACUAGACCCAUGUCAUCAUCGUCUGUGGCCAGAGUCAAGAAACAAGCCUUGGAAAGGGACGUCAUUGUCUCUGUGCUAGAGUCAACAGCUACGAGACGAGAUGCCAGAGGCUAUCUGCAAAAAUACACCGCCAAUCAGUCCGGUGAACCAGAGUUGGGAAGAACACCAGACAGCCAGAAAUUCACCAGUGCUCUUUCUGUGGCCGAGCCCGUCAAUAUCGCCAUUGUUAUGCUACGCGAUCCGCAGCAUCUUGUCCAGAGCAUAGUCGACGGUAUUGCCAAGACCAUCGCCCAGUUGCGCGCACUUGGUCUCCUCAGCGCCGUAGUCAUUGAUUGCACCGGAGAUAGCAAUCGUCAGAUGUUUGAAGACGAGUCGCUCCGGCUUUGCGAAGCUGUUGACACCUUCGGCAAACCUGGCGCCAAGGUCAUCAGCGACAUCUUCAUCGGGGAAGCCCCGGACGCGCCGCGACCUUCGGUGCACUCCAACUCCAUUAGAGUCAGCGAUCGCGGCCUACUGAAGCGCGCUUUUGAGCGCAGACUCGUACCUGUUAUCGCGUCCAUGUCUGCUCGAGAUGAAUUAUCUGCUGCCAGACCUGCUAGUGUGGAGCAGACGGUGCUCGCGUUGACGACGUUCCUGUCCGGCCUUCAGUUCGACAAGCCCCCUCUUCCGGAUGCAAGCGGAAACAGCAAGAACAUCUGGCGACCGGAAAAGAUUGCUUCAGUAGAGCGUGUCAUUUUGCUCGAUGCGCUAGGCGGUACCCCGACUUCUGGUCGUGGCAUUGGCGUGUGUCACCGUUUUAUCAAUCUUGAGCAAGAAUACGAGAGGCUUUGUGCGCAGCUCUUGGGACCAGAAGGGUCCCCGGCGACAGGAAGUCCAAGCGGUAAGCCGACAACCAACAAUCACGUCUCAAACUUGUUUCUGGCCAAAGAAACUUUGAGCAUUUUGCCGCCGUCGUCGUCUGCUCUCAUUACCACGCCUUUCGCAGCCGCAAACACGAGCCCAAUCUACUCCGAGCCGCGUUCCAUCAAGAUGGAAGAGAGUCAGCUGGGAUUUGAUGGCAUGGUCACUACCCGCAAGAAGCAUAAUCCGAUUCUCCACAACCUCUUAACAGAUAAACCAAUAUAUUCGUCGUCUCUACCGCUGCAACGAAUUCAAGACGGGGGCUACCGCAUAGACCCGAGCGACUCUACGGCGGCUACAUUGGUCAAGAGGGGCAUGCCGUUGACCAUAUAUCCGGAUCCACGAGAGAAUCCCUGGCGGCCGCCCAAGACGGGGGCAUCGCGCUGCCGGUUGACGGAUAACAAUGUUGAUUUGCCUCGGUUGGUGCAUCUCAUCGAUGACUCAUUUGGUAGAAAGCUUGAUGUGCAACAUUACCUGAACCGCGUCAACGACAACCUCGCUGGCAUCAUCAUUGCAGGCGAGUACGAGGGCGGCGCAAUUCUCACGUGGGAGAAGCCCGAAGGAGUGACAGACCAGGAGGCGUACGAACGGGGACUCUACGUGCCAUAUCUCGACAAGUUUGCCGUGUUGAGAUCUCGACAGGGCAGCGGCGGCGUCGCCGACAUUGUCUUCAACGCCAUGGUGCGGGACUGCUUUCCAGAGGGCGUCUGCUGGCGAAGCCGCAAAAACAAUCCCGUUAACAAGUGGUACUUUGAGCGUUCCGUUGGCACAAUUAAGCUAUCCGACUCCAACUGGACUAUGUUUUGGACAACGCUGGGUCUGUGUGGGCGCCAGCCAAAGCUGCAGCACUACGAAUCUGUGUGUCGUAGUGUACAGCCAAGCUGGGCAGACAAUCAGCAUAUUGUAGACUAG